AUGAAUCCGGUUUUUGCAAACUGUCCAGAGUAUAAAAUUCUCUUUGUUGGGCAAUAUAACACAGGAAAAGUCCAACUUAUUCAAGCUUUCCGAACCCCUCAACCAUUUGAUGAUGUUAUAACAAAAAUUGGAGUUGAUUUUGCGGUUUCUUCAUUGCUUGUUGAAAGGACAAUUGUCAGAGUUCAGUUAUGGGAUGUUGAAGUGGGCGACAGAUUUAAAAACCUCACUCAAACCUUCUAUAGAGGAAGUGAUGCUGUUUUAUAUUUCUAUUCAGCAAUAAACCAUCAAACCUUUGAUGAAAUGAAACGCGAAAUCGUUAGAAAUUUCAAAAUGGUAAGCAAGCCAGAACCUCGUUAUGUUUUAGUAGAAACAAAUAGUGAUAAUGACUUAUUGAGAGACGUCAACGAAGAGGAAAUUAUAGAAGUCGAGAAUUUGCUUGGUAUUGAAGAUCACAUUAAAAUAAAUAAAAUCACACACUCAAAAGCGGUUGAUUUAGUCAUGCAAAUAGUGUCGAUUAUGAUGAGUAACGCCGAACAAGAAAAUACAACAAAAACACAGCAAAAAAUUGUUAAAACGCACGAGCAACCCAAAAAGAAUGAAAAAGGAGGUUGUUUAUGUAAUAAUUUUAUACCUCUUUUUGUUAUUUUUGACCAACUGUAUCAUGGUUUACUAUUUUAUUGUCGGUAUUUAUAG